GUAAAAUGUCCUGAAGUUCUCGAGACGUGUUAAUCCUAUUUUGAAAUGGUUUUCUCAAAAGUAAAAUAUAAAUAUUUUAGGUUAAAAUCAAUCUUCUAUGAUGCUAAGUGUAAAUGAACCAGCUAUUAUUUUGCCGGGAUGUAAGGCCCGGAAAUAAUUUCCAUAUUGAAUAGACCUUUUUCAAUGAAAGCUUUCAUAUGUGCAUCGAAUUAUAAAUCAUUUUUAAAAAAUUAGGGCUGGAAGACGUACAUCAAGAAUUUAUUAGGAAUCUAAUUUAUUCUGAAGUACGGAGUAGUUUUUAGAUGUUCUUGUGGCCCGAAAUACUGCAAGCUUUGUCGAUUUUUUUAUACGUAUAUAUUUACAUUUCAAGUUGCACUUUUCAUGUUGGCGCUAAGCCAUUAAACGAGGAACACUCGAGGCUAAAACCAUUGGAAACAGUGUUGUAUAAUAACUGACUGAGGAGUAAUGUAAAGCUCUUUGGAAAAAACGGAGUCAUUUGUCGUAGAAAGUAUGAUUUCUAUGCAACGUUCCAGUUACACGUUCACACCAAACAAAGAGGAAGUCAUUGAGUCAAGAUUCAGGCUCCGUUACAGCACCACAUGUAACAGUUACUAUAGGGACUGGUCUGAUGCCAUAGACCCAUCCGCACAGGGGGUCAUCUCAGGAUGGGACAAAGUGCUGUAUUCAAUGGACUCCGUACGCCGAACAGUCAACGAAGAAAUUGGACAGCUGGAAUGUUCCUUUCUUCUGUCGCGCCAGGUGUAUUUGGAGAGUUUACCUGGGUCCAAUACAGGUUACAUCAAAUGGCGCAUCGACUUCGGCUGCUGUGGACUCCAGGUGGAUGAGGUCACUUUGCGUUUGUCAUGCCUAGAAGAUUAUGGAGGAGAGAUUGUAGUUACACUGACAGGUCAUCCGGGAGAGAAACGAGUUCGAUAUCCGAUAGGUAGUGAUUACGUCACAUUCACCGAGCUGCAGAAUUCAACGGAGUUAACACUGACCAUUCAUUUCGUCGGAGAGGCCGGCCAGGUCAUUCGGCUAUUUCCACAGAGCAUCCUGAGGGGAAUGGGAUACCCACUAGACUUAAAAGUUAUUCUUAAGCAACCACUGGAGUCCUUGGGGAAACCCAGAAUUCUUGUCGGACUGUUAUACAGCAGCUCUCAAGAGAUCGAAGUAGAUUCGCGUCAUUAUAAGCAGAAUACAACAAACACUGGUCAGGGAUUUCUCCAUGUUCAUCUCCUCCGAGGAAUGGAUUUGCCGUCAGGAAAAAAAGACGUUCAAGAAACAUUCUCCAAGUGUUACCUUCUGCGCGAUGUCAAGAAAUCAACCAAGUGCAGAACAAAAGCACGAAAAGGCAAAGAUCCUCUUUGGAACGAACAGUUCCUAAUCGUCGGCGUCAAUUAUCAUGACGUAAAGCGAAGAGCGCUCGAGAUAUGCAUCGCUGAUAGUCAUAAGUCAGUCGGUAAAAAGGCGAAGUUCAUCGGGGGAGUUCGGCUCAGUCUCGGGUACAAGGCAGUCGUGGCUGCGCAAACCAAGCAAGUUAAUCAGGUGCUACGGUUUCUAAAAGGAAGGGAAGCCAUGAGUGGUGAUGUGAACUCCAGCUUUGGUAAAUGGAGGAGAGCGAGUGGAAGGAAGUCUGAGACGGAUGACGCAGAAAAGGCAACAAAGGAGGAGAAAAAUGAAGACACAGAAACGAAAGAUACGCCAGCAAAUAAAGACAAAGUGGAUGAACAAAGUGCUGUCGAUGGCAUCGCAAACAGUAAAAAUGACGGCGAGGAAACAAAGGAGGACAUUGUCGAGAAUGGACCGCAAAGUGCAUCUUCUGCCAGUACAGAAAUAAUGGCACCCACGGACUCUGCCUUCGAUCCGUCUCAGGAUGAGGCCAAGGCCAAGGGUAUCCGCAGCAACCGGUUGGCCGAGCAACGGCUUUUCGAAGCAGUGAUGGCGUCUAUCAAACAUCUAGAGAUCGCCGCGCGUCAGACUGCCGCGCAGUUGGAGUCCAGCGAAGAACGAGGCAAAGGAUCUGCAGAAAAGCUCGAAAAAUUGGGAUCUACCGACAUUUCUGCUCAGAGCAUCUACAUUGCCGCUAAUGAAGGAACAACUGACUUGCAGCAGGGAGCAGACACAAUUGAUCCAGCCACUGAUGCAGUAAUAGCAACAGACGAUAUCAUAGGAGACGAAAGAAAUUCGUUGGAUACAACAAAAAAUACCAGAAGCAAGAAUUUCCAAGAGAGGAACAGUUUGAACAAAGAUGAAACUCAACAAGACGGCGACCAAGCCGACGACUUGCUUGGUGUGACUAAAGAAGUUAGGACGGCCACGAAUCAUUUAGCCAAGAAAGAAAAUCUACCAACGAAUGUAUCCGAAAAUUCCCGUACGGAGGCCGAUCAAAUAUUGAAUGGACACAACGGCGAUGAAGAUCAAUGUGGUGAUGUAAGCAGCAUUACGAAGGGAAAAAGGUUUCCGAAAAAAGGGUUGAAUACUAACGAUAUUAAAACGCACAACUCGGAAGAGAUUCCUAAAGAAAAACCCAAAAAUUGCUCUGAGCACUCUACUCAGGAAAAAACGGAAAAUCUUAAAAGCGAAAACAGCCAACCAGAGGAGUUGACGAUUUCGAAGAAAAUGUCCGCGGGAGGAUCCAACGAACUAAAGCGGAGCUCAUCCUUCACUUUCAAAGAUAUCGGAAAGAAACUAAGCUUUCGGCGCAACAGCAAAUCAGACGUCAUCGGAGAAAGCAGAUCAGAGACGGGCUUACAGACAAAUGCCGACAAGAUGAUGUUAGAUGCUCAAGGACUCGAAAUAACCCAAUGGACGCUUGUGGUAUCACGGCCGAAGGAGUGGCAUUACUGCUGGCACAUCCUCAGAUCUGAAAUGACCAUUCUCCACUGAGAUGACAACCUUGAGAACCGAUAAGGGGGCCUGAGUAAUAUUAUUGGACCGGUCAACGAUACCCUAACCGCUUAACAAAAACAACAAAAGGACAGGAGGGUCCAGAUCCAGGCCCGCCUCGGUCAACGCUGGCUGAGGAGGUAAAGAAUCUGGAUCGAGCAUUGAUACCAGUGCAAGUAUUAAAAGAUACAGACUAAGGCCUUAAUUUAGGGUUUUGUCAAAAUAAGAGUUACGUUGAGUGUAGAUACUGCCUAAGCAAUUAACUUCGAGCUCGAUACAGAGUAGGUUUAGCUCAUACAUUUUCUACAGGCAAUCGACUGAACUACAAAAGCAUCCAUUAUAUUCACUUUAAACCGAGAUAUAUGACCUAAACUUUUUGUCAAUUAAGUAUUUCAAUCAUUCCUAUAUAUAAUAAUCACGUUGUUAAUAAUAUUAUUAACGAGAGUAUAUUAGUAAUAAUAAUGAUAAUAGCAGUUGAAAAUGAUGAAAACUGAAUAACCACGAGUAGGUUAGUUUUCAUGUGUUUACCUUACUUCUUUAUGUUAAAUAUAUAUAUAUAUAUAAAACUGCCGCAAAAAUCUAGAGACGUAAUAUAAGACACGUAUGCAAAACAAACCUGUGUAUUUCACAUUCUAAUAACUUGGCAAGUAGUCGCAAAUGUUUUACUGUUUAUUAUGAAAUAAUGUCUAUGAAUUUUUAACAUUCGUUUUUAAACUAAAAAGUAGGAAUAAACUAAAAAAAAAAAGA